CCCCGCCCACACGGCAAAAUGGCAGCGACCAUGAAGAACGUGGAGGAAAUUCGGAGUCGAGUGAUCCUCGGAGAGUUUGGCGUGAAGAACGUUCAUACCACAGAUUUCCCUGGAAACUACCCUGGGUAUGAUGACAGCUGGAACAUGGAGAACUUUCAGAAGAAUUUCAGAGUUGACGUAGUGCAUCUGGAUGAAAACAGUAUGGAGUUCGACAUGGUGGGGAUUGAUGCAGCCAUUGCCAAUGCCUUCAGAAGGAUCUUACUGGCUGAGGUACCUACCAUGGCUAUAGAAAAGGUGUUCAUCUAUAGUAAUACAUCCAUCGUCCAAGAUGAAGUCCUGGCCCACAGAUUAGGCCUCAUCCCCAUCAAAGCUGACCCUCGUCUGUUUGAGUACAGAAACACUGGGGAGGAGUCUGCAGAGGAAGAAGGUUCAGAAAUAGACACAAUUCAACUGCAGCUGAAGAUUAAGUGCAGCAGGAACCCCAGAGCGAGCAAAGAUUCCUCAGACCCACGAGAGCUGUAUUUGAACCACAUGGUUUAUUCCAGAGAUAUAAAGUGGGUCCCCAUUGGGAACCAGGCAGAUGUGUUUGCAGACUCCAGUAUCAGCCCCGUGCAUGAUGACAUUCUGAUAGCUCAGCUACGACCGGGACAAGAGCUGGACAUCGUCAUGCAUUGUGUCAAAGGAAUCGGCAAGGACCAUGCUAAGUUCUCCCCAGUGGCCACAGCGAGUUACCGCCUCCUCCCAGAGAUCACCCUCCUGGAGGCAGUGGAGGGAGAGAAGGCAGAGCGAUUAAAAUGCUGCUUCUCACGAGGAGUUAUAGACCUGGAAGAUGUUAAUGGCAAAAAGGUGGCCAAAGUUGUGAACAGUCGCCUGGAUACAUGCAGCAGGGAAGUCCUGCGACACAGUGACCUGAAGAAUGUGGUGAAGCUCGGGAGAGUGCGGGACCAUUUCAUCUUUACUGUGGAGUCAACUGGCAUCCUGCCUCCAGACGUCUUGGUCACAGAGGCGAUUAAAGUCCUCAUGGCCAAGUGUCAAAGGUUUCUCAGUGAAUUGGACUCUACUGUUAUUGAGUGAAAGGACGACUGAGCAGCCUGGCAGCUUCGGCUGCCUCUAACUGUGCUCGAAUGUUCUGUUUUCUCUGCUAUUUUGUGUUUGUCACUUUUCAUUAAACAAAUGUUGAAGAAAAACAUCCUCGUAUUACUGACAUGUCAGUGUACUUUAUAGUUUCCCUGUUCUUGCUUUCAUGAAAACAUUA